GUGGAUCGGGGCGGUUGCCAGGAAACCGAAGCCGAAAAAACAUGUGCAAACAUGUUUCGUAGGUGUAUUACUGGCGGAAACCGAAAAAAUAUGCUCUGCAUAUUUCGUAGGUGGAAAAUAGACGAAAUCGAAGCCGAAAAAACACUGUUUUC